AACUUAUCUAACAAUAUAAAGUUCAUUGUAGGUUUACAAAAAAUGCCGACUAUUGAAAUCAUGAGGGAUACCUUUGCAUCCGGAAAUGGUUCAAAUGAAGAAGUUGAAAUUGUCAUUGCUUCACCUUAUGGUCAAUUGGCUGACAAGCAAACAAGAAUUAGACACUUAAAAUUGUAUCAAGCUGCACUAAGUGGUGAUUGGAGCAUGGCUGAGGGUAUUUACAAGAAACAUAAAAAUGAUAUAAGAGCGAGGAUAUCAAAGGAAGGGGACACUGCUCUCCAUAUUGCAGCUGCAGCAGAGCAAACUGAUUUUUUGAAAAACCUGGUGGAUAAUAUAAAUAAAGAGGAUUUAGCUACUACAAAUAAUGCAGGCAAUACAGCUUUUUGUCUUGCUGCUGUGUCUGGAAAUGUGGAACUUGCUCAAGUGAUGAUGAAUAAGAUGAAAAAAGAGGAUUUAACUACAAAGAAAGGAGCUGGAAAAACAGCUUAUUGUCUCUCUGUUGAGUCCCAGAAGGUGGAACUUCCCAACAUGAUAGAGGAGAGUACAAACUUAGCUGAUGUCCUGGAAAGGAGUAGAAACUUAGCAAUGAUCCGAGGUAGAAAUGAGAUGUUACCGCUUUACAUGGCCGCAUUGUUUGGCCAUAAAGAGAUGGUACAGUUCCUUUAUGAAGCCACUGAUGACAAGUCAUUAUAUGACAACGACCGCAUUGAAUUGCUUAUCACUCUAAUAAGCAAAGGUUUGUAUGAUGUUGCACUGGAUUUGCUAGAGAAACACCCAGAGUUAGCCGUCGCUUGUGAUGGAAAUGAGGAGACAGCAUUGCUUGCCUUGGCUCGAACGCCUAUUGCCUCUCAAAUUCAGCAAGGAUUUUGGAAACAAUGUGUAAAUUUGUUUUCAGAACUAGGAAACAUUCAGUUUCUAACUAUACUAAUACGUGAAUAUCCUGAUUUGAUACUGGAAGUUGAUGAAAAUAAUUAUAGCAUAUUUCAUUUUGCUGUUAUCAAUCGUCAUAGGGACAUCUUCAAACUCAUACAUGAGAUAGGUACUUUUAAGGAUUUGAUAGUUGCUUCCAAGGAUAAAAAAGACAAUAAUAUCUUGCAUUUGGCUGGAAUGUUGGUACCACCAGAUCGGCUCAAUGUUGUAUCAGGAGCUGCUCUGCAACUGCAGCGAGAGUUGCAGUGGUUUAAGGAGGUCAGUAAAAUUAUGCAUCCAUUGGAUGCCCAGGAUAAAAACAGUGAAGGGAAAACUCCUAGAGCCUUGUUUACUAAGGAGCAUGGAGGAUUAAAGGAAAAGGGAGAGAAAUGGGUGAAGGACACUGCAAACUAUUGCAUGAUUGUGGCAACUCUUAUUGCCACUCUGGUUUUUGCAGCAGCUUUCACUGUCCCAGGUGGCACCAAAGACGAGACAGGGACUCCUCAUUUUGUUCAAAAAACUUCCUUCAAAAUUUUUGUUUUAUCAGAUGCAGUUUCGCUAGUAUCUUCUGCAUGCUCCAUCUUAACCUUUUUAUCCAUUCUAACUUCCCGGUAUGCAGAAGAAGAUUUCCUCUCACAGUUACCAAAAAAGCUGGUUGCUGGACUUGCAACACUUUUAUUAUCAAUAGCAGCAAUGAUGGUAGUGUUUUGUGCAACUAUUUUUAUUGUUUUCAAAGAUGGAGUGCUGUGGGUUCCUAUUCUUGUUACUGUAAUCGCUUCUAUACCAGUCCUUUUGUUCACUAAGCAACAAUGGCGUCUCCUUUUUGAUGUGGUGCGUUCUACAUAUGUAAGUAGCUCUCUUUUCCAGCCACGCAAACGUACCCUUUUCUGCCAAGGGAAAGCAAUGGAGCCAAAGAAGAGGAAGUAA